AUGGUGGACAACACGAUUGCAGCACUUUUUUCUUCCUUUGAACAGAGGUUCAACUGUUUAAUUUGCUGGGCACCAAGUCUCAGGAUGAUUUACGGAUCUUGUCAGCAUCGUUUGUGCGAAAAUUGCUUAUAUGACAACGAGGGAAAAAGAAGAUUAGGGCUUGAGAGAUGCCCGACAUGUCAAAGAGAAAAUGUCUUCCCUUCUACUCGACCGGAUGUGCCUGAGGACAACAUCGAAAUACAAGUUCAUCUUGGCGUAAGACGGUGCCCUCAUAAUGGUUGUAAGCUCCAAAUGUGGCACUGGGAAUUGCAAAACCAUUUAGAGUAAGUACAUUACAGGGUAAAAAGUGAUGUUUGAGGGUUUUAACACGCGCACGAUUUUAAUAAAAGCUGCAUGGUUGUAACCUGAAUUGAAGCUACAGCUCCUAAGGUCGAUUAUUAAUUUUAAUCGUGGAAAAUGUUCUAGAAAACGUUUUAAGAAAGCACGUAGUGAUUGCAUCGUAAAAUAAACAUACAGAAAUGUACGAAAAUCAACUCAGUAGCUUCGAUUUAAAGCUUGUUUUUUUUUUUACUGUGGAUGACGGAGUGACUUAGCACAUGGGGUGUUGCGAAAACCCCAUGUACAGUCAGAGGUGUCCCAAGCUCAUGUUACGAGUAUGUUAUGUAAAUUACUUUGGCACAAGAGAGUCGGUGUCACGUUACAAACGACCGUUGAGACUUUGUAUUAGGAAUAAAAUAUUGAGGUCUGCGAAUGCUAAAUAUCAUUAUUACUUUUGGAGUAACUGCAGAAUACCCAGGAUAUGUGGAUACGCAGUUAUCCCUCUUAUACGCUUUUCUGGCUUCACUAAAACGAUGAAUUCAUCCCACAAACACAGGAAUAUAUCGAAAGUAAGUCUCCUUUAUUUAUUUUGUAGAAAAACAGUAAAAAUAAUGAUAUUUACAAUCCACACACCUCAGUAUUUUAUUUUUCAUUAUUACAAACUCUCAAAGGUCAUUUGUAAUGCGACACCGGCACUCUUGUGAGAAAGUAAAUUUUUACAUAACACACUCAUAACGUGAGGGUGGGAUGCCUGUGUUACGAAAACUCAAAUCUUGGUCCCCCCCGCCUCCAUUUACAAAACCUUCAAUAAUUUUCCCGAUUCCUCGAAAUACGACUUCACAUUUUUGCUUAAUACUUUCUUGGGGGAAGGAGGAGAAGGGAUGCGUUUCAUGAAAUUUUUGCAAUACCACGAUGUAGUUACAUAAUGCUAAUAAAGAAGUCACACACUUGAUCAUAACAACUUAUUGUGAGUUUAUUAUACUUUGAAAAACCAUAUGGAGGGCAAAACUAAACAAAAUCUGUUCAGAAAAAAGUCAAAAAACCACACAAAAAAGAUGAGAGAAACAGACAAGUCAGUCUUGAGGGAUAGCCUUGAAAGGAAACAAACAAAAACAAGUUUUUUCAUCACAAGUUUUGUUUCUCAAAAGCAACAGUCCCCUUUCGACGUCUGCCACGUAGGCUAAUCACCUAUCAAUUUCUCAGCAGAUGCCAAAAAUUCAACAGAGUAUUAUUGUAGGUUUCAUUUCACAAACUUUGGAUUAUUUGUAUCGUUCUGUUAAUUUUGAUUAUGUAUGAAACGUAUUAUACACAUCGAAUGCAUUUUAACAAGAAAAAUACAGUACAUUUUGAAUGAAACUUUGGAAAGAAACUUUUGCUUUUGGGAUGGUGCCUUUAUUUACUCACAGUUACUUCAUUUUACAUAAUAUAUAUAUAUAUAUAUAUAUUUUAAAAAAAGUGUUGAGGUACUAAAAUAAAAAUAAUAAUGAAAGAUUUAUUAUCCCAGUUAAAAAAUUAUUUUGAGCUGCAGUUGCUUUUGUGUCAACUAGGCAAUAAUUUUUGGCUGGUUGCUGUAGCUUUUGAAAAACCCUAGACUUUCUCUAAAUUUGUCUGUUUUGGUAGGGUCAAAAAAGGUUGACUUGUGGGCAAGUCUGAGGUAUAAACCUGAGAUCAGGCCCAAUUUUAGCAGCUUCCAUACAUUCUCUCUUUCUUGGUCGUGCCAAGUGUAACAAAUAUAGAGCCUGAUCUGAGGUUAGUCUGGGAAAACCCUGAUCUAAACGGUCCUCAAGUGCAAAAUAACUCGUACCAUAUUUAAACUAUAUCAAGCAAGUCUGGACGUGAGUUUCCACAGAUAAGUUUUAUUUCUAUUAACUACCAUUCAAACAGGAUGUUCCUUGGUGUUGUGGACAUUAUUGCUACUGAGUUAUUGUGCUACCUAAUAUGGCAAUGUGAAAUUUUUUGCUGUUGUGUUUGAAUUCAGUGCUACAAAGAUAGAAAAUUGCACACUGAAAAAUUGACAUAAAUUCUCCUCUAAUUUUUAUUAUACAGCUGUAAGCCCAGCCAUUUUUGAAAUGGAAAUUUCAUUCCAAGGGUAGGAGCCUCUCUUACCGUCAGUGUAUGGUAAAUAUAGGCAGUCUUAUUUUUGGAAUUUCCAGGUAGAUGUACACCAAGACUUGCUUAACUAAACACAGCAAUAGUGAACCAAAUAUUACUGUUGUUUGGUAGAUGUUAAGUUGUAACUUGUGUAAAAACUGCAACUAGCAUUUACUCAUUCUUGUCCCCAGAGCCAGUCAUUUCUGUUUUUCAAACUUUACUUUUUUUGCAUUGAAGGAUUUGCAGAUUUGCUAGCAAGUCACUAGACAGAACAAAAAAGGUCAAGAGGAAAAGCUUGUAUGAUUCAGAAGUAAACAAACCCUUGACACUGAGAAGUGGAAAAAGACGUUCACUUGAACUUACACAUAACAAAUCAAUGGACGAAAGAGAGACCAUGUACAAAUUGCGGCCAAGGAAAAGAAAGACUGUAACAAACUAG